AUGCAUCUACGCAAGAGGAAAGCCGCUGCUACUGCUGCCGCUACUGUUGCUGCUACAGUCAGUCGUACUGGAAAAAGAGCCAAAGUCGACGUGAAAAAUGAAGUUGAGGUGCUGUCAGCGUUAACCUCUUCUCGAGCGCAGAAGUUGACGCAGGAUGUCAGCUACGCUCAAGUCAUGGAGGCCAUUAAGCCUCAAGUCAAAUUAGAGCCAGAGCCAGAGGCAAAUUUGGACCUGCCGCGAGUCAAAGUCGAAGCGGAAGUAGAGGGUGAAGAGGAAGAGCAGGAUCUUCCACCAAACAUCUUUUCCAAAGUCGACCCGGCAGACGCAGCCACGGGUCCGUCAAACUGGUCCACGAUUUACAACGAAGUGGUGGAAAUGAGGUCGAAGUUCAUGGCGCCAGUAGAUCACCAAGGCUGUGAAUCGAUGCCCAACACCAUAACUCCAAAUUUGCAAAAAACCAACCCGCAAAAAUAUCGAUUCCAACUUUUAAUAUCGCUCAUGUUAUCAUCCCAGACCAAAGAUGAAGUAAACUACGACGCCAUGUCUAAACUCAACACGGCACUUUCCCAAUUAUACCCCGAAUUUGGAUUCAGCCUCCAGUCAGUGUCAAAGUUGACCCCGGGAGAAAUCGACUCCUACAUCUCCAAAGUCGGUUUCCACAACCGCAAGUCCAAUUACAUCCAUCAGGCAUGCCAGAUCUUGAUUCAGGAACACAAGGGCGAUAUCCCGCGUACGAUAGAAGAGAUUGUAAAGUUGCCUGGCGUCGGGCCCAAAAUGGGCUACUUGUUGCUCCAAUGCGGAUGGGGCAUCAACUCGGGGAUCGGGGUAGAUGUCCACUUGCAUCGCUUGGCUCUGAUGUGGGGCUGGAUCUCACGAAAAGCCAACACGCCCGAGAAAUGCCGUGCUGAGUUGGAAAGCUGGCUUCCGUCGCGGUAUUGGACGGAUAUCAAUCCGUUGGUUGUGGGAUUUGGGCAAGUUGUGUGCGUGCCGCGUGCUCCAAAUUGUGAUAUUUGCAGUUUGGGCCGCACGGGGGUUUGCAAAUCUGCAAAUAAAAAGUUGGUCAAUUCGACCAUCUCUGAUGAGCGCAGGGCCAAGUUGAUGAAGCAGAGGGCCGACUUGACAAAUUUGAUAAAUGAGCUCUGA